AGUGUCAACUUGAUCAACAGCCAUCAUUCAAACAAUAGCUUGAUUUUUCCGAGUUUGUAGGUUAGGAUUGUGCAAAUGUAAGAAUAGUUCUUAGGUUAACAGCACACGUUAGGUCCACAGCGCAGUGCAAUGAUGUCGGCCGCCGUCCUGACAGGUGUAGCGCAGGAGUAUUUGCGCCUGCGCUCUCGGUCGCCGCCGCCAGCCACAACGCCCACCUGCCCCGUGCUGCUGGACCGACUCACGCUGUCCAGGGACCGACUUCCAACCUGCGAACCGCUUUGUUGCGUCGGGCACGAUAAAGAGCGCGUGGCCACAGCGGACGGAGUGGCGCGCAGCACAGUAGCGCGCUGGUCGGCUUACUUCUCCGUGCGCCCGCCGGCGGUCCCGGUGCAGUUGGUGCCAGUGUCUACACCUCCCAAGCUCCCCGCACUCUCGCCGCGGUCGUUCACCUCUUCACCUCCGCCACCUUCUUCUGACCUCACCACGCAACAGAAUAAGAUGCGAUGCAGAAAUGCGGUGCACGGUGUCCUGUGCGAGCUGAUGUCGACACUGCCGCUGCCGCCGUCACCGAUAAAGUCGCCCACGAGCCCCACAACUCCUACGAUCUCCGCGACCCCCGGGACACCCGCGACGCCCCCGACCCCCGAGACACCUGCGUACACAGCGCCACCCGUUCGAGCACAGCGCAUACGCCGCCUGGACAGGGAUUUGCUGCCACUGGCCUUGGCGAAGGAACGUAGCACAGACAGUACCGGAAGCACGGACAGCGUAGACAACGGUGCACGCCAUCGACAGCGUCGCCGUCCGCGACACGCGGCCACUCAAGCUCGGAGAACUAUUAAGCACGUUCCGCUAGACGAGUGCCAGAAAGCCACGACGGGCGAGCGAGAGCGUGCGACGGACGAGUGGCUGGGCGGAGUGCGCGCGCUGCGCGACUCGCACGUGCGGCUCGUGCUGCGCCAGCUGCGCCACAUCGAGCGCCUCAACCGCGCGCUGGACCGCGCCAGUCCGCGCAGUUCUCGAAGCCCUCGAAGCCCUCGAAGCCCCCGCAGCCCUCGUCCCCGGCCCCGCUGAGUGAUCCCAUCUCAAUAUAUGUACUUUUACAACACAUUACACCACCUUUUAUUUAUGCCUUCUACUCGGAUAUGUAAAUGUUAAGGGCAAUGCCGUAUGCCCCACCGUGUCCCCGGAUGGUUCUCGCAUUGAC